AUAUUAACUCAAAAGGACAUCGUCUUGGAAGUGCUAGGGAGGUGGAACUUGAAGAAGCUUUACAUGAUAGUUGUAAGUCCAAUUCUGAACUUAUUGAUGAUUUUAAAAACUAUCAGAAGGUGUAUAAAAAGUAUAUUAAAAACAUCAAACAGGAUAAGAAGCAUAUGCAACAGGAUCUUAAUCGAUCCAAUAAAGAUAAAGAGAAACUCACUAAGCAUACCUAUCAGCUUAUAGAUGAAGAAAAACGAUUGCGUUCAGAGUUAGAUACUCUAACAUCCCAGAUUACUCGCAAAGAUAUUUCUCUUAAUGAAUCUAAAAUUAAGAUAAAAAAUUUCCAGUCUAAGAUAAAAAUAUUGGAAAUGAAACUAUCUUCAACUCAGAAUAAAUCAAAGGAAAUUUCAACACUUCGAUCUAUGAAAAAAAUAUUAGAAG